AUGCCGUGUCCUGUGGGCUGUGGGCUGCGAGGGAGACUGAGAGCUGGCAGCCGACCCGACUGCGCCAUGCCGUGUCCUGUGGGCUGGGGUCACCCUGAAGUCACCCUCCCCAGGCAAGGAGCCAAGAGGCCUUUGGGGGCUGCUCUGGGGUUUGGAGAGGACAGGGACGCUGUGUCCCAGCCCAGACCUGGCUGCCAGAGGUCGCCAGGCUCAGCCGUCGUGGAGCUGGCAGCAGCCACGCGGUGCUGGACAGGCACGGUGCUGCUCCCGGCCCCAGCGUCCCCUCCUCUCCCACCAGGUGGCCUGGCCGGAGGGAUCGAGAUCUGCAUCACAUUCCCCACCGAGUAUGUGAAGACGCAGCUGCAGCUGGACGAGAAGGCAAACCCUCCCCGCUACAAGGGCAUUGGGGACUGUGUGAAGCAGACUGUCCACGACCAUGGCAUCCGGGGGCUGUACCGGGGGCUCAGCUCGCUGGUGUACGGCUCCAUCCCGAAGGCCGCCGUCAGGUUUGGGAUGUUCGAGUUCCUCAGCAACCAGAUGAGAGAUGAGCAGGGACGGCUGGACAGCACGCGGGGCCUCGUCUGCGGGCUGGGCGCCGGCGUGGCCGAGGCUGUGGUGGUGGUCUGCCCCAUGGAGACCAUAAAGGUGAAGUUUAUCCAUGACCAGUGCUCCCCCAAGCCCAAAUACCGCGGCUUCUUCCACGGCGUCAGGGAGAUCGUUCGGGAACAGGGACUGAAGGGGACCUACCAGGGCUUAACCGCAACCGUCCUCAAGCAAGGAUCGAACCAGGCCAUCCGCUUCUUCGUCAUGACCUCCCUCAAGAACUGGUACAAAGGGGACAAUCCCAACAAGGUCAUCAACCCCUUCGUCACGGGGGUGUUUGGAGCCCUCGCCGGAGCUGCGAGCGUCUUUGGCAACACCCCCUUGGACGUGGUGAAGACCAGGAUGCAGGGGCUGGAAGCACACAAGUACAAGAGCACCUGGGACUGCGCCUACCAGAUCAUGAAAUACGAAGGGCCCCUGGCGUAA